AUGUCGGCUACCCGCCCCUCGAGUUCCCGUGCGCCCGUUCGGACGACGUGCACCUCGAGUCGUGAGAUUGGCGUCCUGGCGUCCACCAACCAACGCCACAUUGGCUCAAAAAGUGUGCCCGGCCAUCUCUCUGCUCUAGUGUCCGUAGCUCCACGCCCGAUCUCCCCCGUCUCCUCCCUGGCUUCCUGUCGAUCCAAGAAGCCCGAGCGAGAGCCCCCCCCCCCCUUCUUGCUCUGUAGUCUUUACUUGGUACCCUCGAAAGUCAAAGCAUCAAAGAAACGAGGAAAAACCCACCUCAGUGAGAGACACGUGUGCCCGUUUCGCGGCUAUGGCCCCAACCUGUUGGUAAUCCACCCCUCGAUCUGUUGUCUCGCUUGA